UUCACAGCAAACCUGCGAUAAGAUGUGAAAUUUCAUCUGCAAUGCUUAAAAGGGAAGGUGAUAACAUUCAAUCCUAAUCAGGACACUCACAUAAAGUUUACUGCUUUACCAUGUACCAGAACCAGAAUGGCAAUGUGACCAGCAAAAAAACAGACACUUGAAUGUGGGGAAAGAAAAGGAGAAAUGGAAAAUAUCUCAAGACAGCGGUUGUUGGGUGCUUGAAAGUUGGACGAAAUGAUAGCCCAAUUGCCACUAACUUCAAUUAUACAUCUUCUCCCCCUUCUGCUUUUCCUGGUCUCUCACUCUCUCACGCUUCACAAGACCCACAUUUCUCUUUCAUAUCUUACCUUAUUCUUCUUUCCUUAUCUCUUCUUUCUCCCUUCUUCACGCAGCAUAAAGGACGAGAGCAGAAGUUUCAACCACAAACUAACUAACUGCCUUUUAGUUCAUUUGGCAGCGAGGUAGAGAGAACUUGAGAAGCUAUGGCGUUUGCAGGAACAACUCAGAAAUGUAUGGCUUGUGACAAGACUGUUUAUCUCGUCGACAAGUUGACUGCCGAUAACCGGAUUUAUCACAAGGCCUGCUUCAGGUGCCAUCACUGCAAAGGAACACUCAAGCUUGGUAACUACAAUUCCUUUGAAGGGGUGCUUUACUGCAGGCCACACUUUGAUCAGCUGUUCAAAAGAACUGGAAGUCUUGAGAAAAGCUUUGAUGGAACUCCCAAGAUUGCAAAACCAGAAAAAACUAUUGACACUGAGAAACCUAUAGUAGCCAAAGUCUCAAGCAUGUUUGGUGGAACUAGAGAGAAAUGUUUUGGCUGCACGAAGACUGUCUAUCCCACUGAAAAGGUAUCGGUCAAUGGAACUCCUUACCACAAAAGCUGCUUCAAAUGCAUCCAUGGAGGCUGUGUGAUUAGCCUGUCCAACUACAUCGCACAUGACGGCCGCCUCUACUGCAAACACCAUCAUAAUCAGCUCAUCAAGGAAAAGGGCAAUUUGAGCCAGCUUGAGGGAGAUGCUCCUGACCAUGUUCCUGCUACUGAGAAGGCUAUUGCAACAGAAGUCGCUGCUGAAUCAUAAAUAUGUUCAAUAGAACUUCUUCCGGCUUUUACUCUUGAACUUUUCCAAUUUGAUAUUCUGCCUCUUAUGAAUUACUACAAAUUCCCUGCAGUGCGAAAGAUUUUCUGCUUCCAAAUUACAUAAGACUCUUGAGUGUUUCUCAUGGGCUUGAGUGGCCUUUCAUUUGUGAUUUUCGCUAUGGUAUGGUGGUGUAUGUGGUGAGAAGUUUGCAAUUUGGCAAUGUUCAUAAUGUGACUAUCUACUAUGCAUUGGACAUGAUCAGCUGUACUGUUGAAACAACAAAUAUACCACUAAUGGAGGUUGAUUGGCAGAACAAACUAUACUGCAAUUUCACAGGUUUGAAGUUCUUAGAGAUUCACGAGCUCACUUGUAAGUAAACAAAGAUGAAACUAAGAGCACAAUCUAAAUGCUCCCACGAGGCGCACUUUUCCUUAGAAGUCAAAAAAAUCAGCUUUCCUCUAAUACAUUCCUCUGUUUCUAUCAUUCAAAACUAACAGCAAUAAGAAAUGGUAAGAAACGUUCUGACGUUUG